CGCAAAAACGCUGCGAAAACUAACCAGGCAAAUAUGAAAACGUGGGUAAUGCAUUUACUACUUGAGAUCACCAGAAAUUGACUUGUUUAAGGCGAUAGACAUAGUUGUAUGCGCGUGUAUUAAGUUUACUUUAUAAAGUGGCGGUGUUAGAUCGCCAUGGCACUAUAUUUGAAAGCGGCAGAGAUUCUUGAGAAAGUGGAGCAGAAAAGAGGUGCCGUGAAAACUCUGGUUUAUGACAGUAAAUUUCAAAAUAUCAAGCAGCUCUUUGCACUUGUGUGUGAAACGCAGAAAUACUCCUCAGUUCUGCAGGAGAUCAUCGACAGCACAAAGCUUUUGAAAGAAACCAAACUCCGGAUUCAUUUAGCCAAGGUGCUGGUGUAUGACCUGCUCAUUGGUCAUGGGGUGAAAUGCGGAGGUGCCUGGAAGACAACGAUGUUAAAGCAUCGCUCCAGACUACAAGCUGCUCUGGCCAGAAUCAAAAUCAGGAGGAAAGUGAGUCGAAAUCAGGACCUGCUGCCCUCCAGCUUCCAGCAGACGCAGAAUGAUGUAAUUCCACGCUAUGUGCGAGUGAACACGCUGAAAACAACUCUGGAAGAUGUCAUCGACUAUUUAAAACGAGAGGGCUUUUCCUAUCAAGGAACACCAGGGCGGCUUGAAGAUCUCGAUCGUCUGUCGGGGAAGAUGUUUCUGUGUGAUCUCCAUCUCAAAGAUCUUCUGGUCUUCAGUGGAAAAACGGACUUCCAUGAUCACUUCCUGUAUAAAGCAGGACACAUUAUAUUACAAGACAAGGCCAGUUGUCUUCCUGCUUUCCUCUUAAACCCUCCGGUCGGCAGUCAUGUCAUUGAUGCUUGUGCAGCUCCAGGCAACAAAACUAGCCAUCUAGCAGCCAUAAUGAAAAAUAAAGGGAAGUUGUUUGCCUUUGAUCUGGAUGCCAAACGUCUGUCCACCAUGAGCACUCUUCUGCUCCGUGCUGGAGUCACGUGUCAGCAACUGGCCAAUCAGGAUUUCCUGAAGGUAGAUCCACAAAAAUCUGAGUACAAGGAAGUCAAGUAUAUCCUUUUGGACCCGUCCUGCAGCGGAUCAGGGAUGGUUUGUCUGCGGGACGAGCUCUCCGAGACGCAGGAGGACGGUCGUCUGCAGGCUCUGGCUGCGUUUCAGCUUCACUGUCUGAAUCAUGCUCUGCAGUUUCCUCAGCUGGAGCGAAUCAUCUAUUCAACCUGCUCUGUCCACUCGCAGGAGAACGAGGAGGUUGUGACGGCCUGCUUACAGCAGAACCCUGCAUUCAGAUUAGUGCAUCUUCUUCCAGACUGGCCUGAGAGGGGUCAUGAGCCUUUGACCCAGUGUCUUCGCGCGAGCACAGCAAAAACCCGGACUCAUGGUUUCUUCGUGGCCAUGCUGGAGAGACGCCCUGCUCUGCCAGAUGAAGAAAACCUCCCUGUCAUCACACCAUUGCCAUCUGCUAGUGAAGAAAAACAGGACAAACCUCAAUCUAAUCCAUCUGACGAAGAACAGGAGAACAUGGAGACCUCAAAUGAGCAACCGACUAAUCCAAGCUCUAAGAAGAAGAGGAAGAGGAACAGAAAGAAGCACAAAAAGCAGGAAUCCUGAAGUUAUACGGGACUUGUAUUAAAUAAUACCAUCCCAGCUAAAUGGACUCUAGCUUCUUCUUUUGUUUUUGUUUUUGAAUGGGAUUAAACAUCAAAGUCUGUUUCAA